AUGGCGGCCGGCUUUUCAGGGACCGGGGCUGGCCGUGUGCAAUUAGGUCCUGUGCAUGAUCACUGGAGGAAGCCUCGUGACUUGUUUCCAGUGCCUCUGGUUGACGAUGUUUCCAUACCUCUUGGAGGCGUAUCCCGCAAGGUUCAGCGCCGGCAUCAACGUAGGGGGCAUCAAACUUCUGAGGUGAACUAUACUUUGUCUGCUCUGAAUUCAAUGUAUGGUCCCCCGUCUGAGCGUGACCGUUUCCAUGCUCGGGGUGACUCAUUUUUGGGGGUCUCUGAAGCACAGCGGGAGAUCCAACAGAUCGUUCACGAUUCCAUUUUGGAUAUGGGCCAACCUUUGGGCCCAACGGGCACAGGGGCGCUUCGGCAGCUCCGUGCCGGUGGCGGCUACACGGAGAACCAGGCCGUGGGCGCCGUCGCCAGCUAUGACCCCGAUUUGGUUUCACUGCCGAAGGCCGGUUGGUUGCCCAUCCCGCUUUCGGAUUUGUGGGGCCCUUGCGGGCGAGAACGGGUCAAUGAUUUCGUUCAGACUCAGCUGUUGCCACCAGAUGUAGCGCAGGUGCAAGUAGCGGCGUGUGGUGUGAAGCGGCUGUACUUUGACCCGCGGCUGAAGGAGCGUAAGGUGUACUCGCAAUUUUUGAGGCGUAUGUCGCAGUCAAACCUCAUCGACUACUCCACGCAACGCCCACGUGAGGAGGUGGCCAUCUUUUUCGUCACGAAGAAGAACAACCGGCUCAGGAUGAUCGUUGAUGCCCGUAGGAGCAAUGCGCAUUUCAAGCCGCCAGCAGGAGUGAGUCUUUGCACGGGUGAGAGCCUCGGUUCUAUUGAGCUUGGCCCAGAGGACCAUCUCACAGUGUGCCAAGCGGACCUCAAGGACGCCUUCUACCAUCUGGAGUUGCCCUUGCCUCUUCGUGAAGUGUUUGGAUUACCCGGGGUAAGGGCUGGAGAUGUUGGGAUCACGAGCUUAGGCGGCGUGGCCAUCGCGAGCCAUCAGAUCAUUUUUCCCAGGCUGGGAGUGGUACCGAUGGGCUGGACUCAUGCCUUGUUCAUAUGUCAAAGCAUCCACGAGGAGCUGGCGCAGCACAGUGGUUUGGGAGAGGACGCACGUCUUCGUGAUCGCAAACGUGCGCCCGCCUGCCCUUGUCUCCACACCCAGUAUGUCGAUAACUUGGUUGUCAUGGGCAGUGAUUCUCAACAGGUGCGCGAGCGUUUCGCUCAGGCUGUGGCAGUGCUGAAGGAGGCCGGACUCCAGGUGCAUGAAGAGGAAACCUCCGUUGACAACGCAACAGUGCUAGGGUGGGAAUAUACUAGUGACGGCAAGUUCCGCCCUUCCAGGAAGAGGGCAUGGAAGAUUCGUCACGCAAUUCGUGCUCUCCUUCAACGAGGUCGGGCAACCGGCGCUGCAGUUGAACGUCUACUCGGACAUAUGACAUUUGUAAGCCUUUGCCGACGUGAGGCUCUCUCCAUCCUGGGGGCGGUGUAUGAGUUUGUCAAGGCCCAUCGUUUUGUGAAGCUGGAGGUUCCUCUGCCGCGUCAAGUCCGAAAGGAGCUCGAGCUGUGGGACGGCAUUCUACCUCUCAUCUCAAAGGACCUUCGUGCAGAGUGGGCUUCUGGACUCUCAGCGGUGGAUGCUUCUGAGUAUGGCUUGGGCAUGACACACGCAGCUUGCUCCCCAGAGGAAGCGAAGUGGCUUGGUGGAGUUUGCGAAAGAUGGCGCUUUCGCGAUGCAGGUGCCCGGGACCCCAGGGAGCAAGCUUUCCUCGACUGUGACACUUUCAAGGAUAUUCUCCCUCGCCUGAGUGAUGACUUCGAGGAAGGCUUCAACGACUGGAGGCCACCAGAAGUCAACCAUCCUUUCCUAUCGGUGCCCUUCAGUUGUGUUGAUCGGCAUUGGGUCACCACUGGCUCAUACCGCUGGCGGAGGCCUUUGACACUGCCUGUUGCAGAGGCCCGCGCUUCACUCUAUGCUGUGAAGCAUUUGCUCAGGGGGAUUGGGAAUUUCCGGAAAAAGCACGUGCUGCUUAGUGACUCGAUGACCGCGAGCGACAAAGGAAAGCCCAGACAUCAAAAGCAGCACCCGAAGGCCAACGUGGCGCCAGACGGUCAUCCGGCUCAGAGUGCGGUGGCGCUGGAGGUGAUGGCUAUCCCAAGGGCGGAGAAGAAGCAGAGACGAAAGAGAGCGAGGCAAGAGAUGACGCGAGAGUCAUCGGAGAUGACAGUUCUUCAGCAGUCUUCGGUGUCAGCUCCUUGCCGCGCCCGGUACAAUCGCCACUGGCAGGACAUGCAACACCUUGUGGUAGGCCCCGGGGGUCUGCUCAAGCCCACGGCUCAGGUGGAUCAGGCUUUGACUGCGUACCUCGAGGAGCAGUACAUGGAGGGAGAGGACCUUGCGACAGCGAGAUACAUGAUUGCGGCCGUCCUCUUCUUCAUGCCGCAGUUGAAGUCCCAUGGGAUGUCCAAGCUACCACGAGUAAAGCAGAGCCUGAAUGGUUGGCAAAAACUAUGUCCAGCAAGGAGCCGUUUGCCCAUCCCUUUCGAGGUGGUAGCCCUUUUAGCUACUCUAGCUCUUCAGAUGGGGGCGCUGCAAAUUGCGAUGUACCUUCUCUUGUCCUUCGCGCUGUACCUGAGACCGAGCGAGGGCUUACGCCUUCGAAAGAAGGAUCUGGUGAAACCCAGCACGGGGCGAGAGGGCUGCUAUCCGCAUUGGACGAUGGUGUUGCAUCCACUGGAACUGGGGCAAAGCUCGAAAACUCAAGAGUUCGACGAGUGCCUAGCGUUAGACCUCCCCUAUCAACAGUUGUACGGCAAAGCCACUUUCAAGUUGCUUCGUCUGGGGGUGCGAAAGGCGGAGGACAAGAUCUUCACUAUUACGGUGGAGGAUGUGCACCAGUUCUUGAAGGAGGCGUCAGUGAAGCUGCAGCUCCAGUCAUUGGGGGAGUUGCAUCCGUACCGGCUUCGCCACGGCGGGGCUUCACACGACUACAACAGCAAGCUUCGGGACUUGGCCGAAGUGCAGCUGAGAGGGCGGUGGAAAACAUUGGCUUCAGUUCGUCGUUACCAGAAAGGUGGCCGGCUCGGCCAACUGUUCAAAGGGCUUCCAAAGGACACUCGCAAGGCUGCAAAAGAGGCCGUACAGAGAAAAAUCCUCGGAUGGAUGCGUUCGGGGAAAAUUCGUGGCGGACAUAUUUGCAUGCCUGCCAAGACCUGGGGAGUGUCGCGCGAUAAUCUGCCAGGGCCUCCGCCGUUACGCAGUGUAGCUCAGCCUUUUGGACUCACGCAGUUGUCACCGACAGACGCACUGAAGGAGUACUACAGCUUCUUCGCAGGCCUCGCUGUACCACCGCCGUCACUGACAGCUGCCAGUUCGGUUCACGUUUUCGGGACAGCAUCCGCUUUGCAGGAGUUCACAUCAACAUCGACAACCUGUCCCUGCAUCGGUGCCUUGGCUCUCGUCGCGGCUUCUGUCCUAGCACUGGAUGCCGACAUCUUCUGCCGCAUCGAGGGGACAACACAGUUGGUUCCUUGCAAUUUCGCGCUGAGUUCCCAGAAGGUUUGUGCCGAAGUCUCGCCCAAGCUUUCCGAAAUGUGGAAGUGGAGCGUAUUGUGCAGAAUGUUUGGGAUCGGCUACACCAGGGAGCGAGCUGAUUUGGGAAACGAGCAGCUGUUUUGGGAUGGGCAUGUACAUGCUGCUAUAGUUGCGUCUGCGCCUGGCUCUGCCGGCCAGCAAGGGUUGCAGUGUGCUGGCCUUGGCCAGCUCUGCUUCCUCGGGGACAAGUGUCUGGAAGUCGUGAAGGAGCUCCUGGUCUUCCGCGCUGAUGUGCGCCAGGUUGAUCCCGCCGGUCGAACACCGCUGAUGGAAGCUGCUGCCGCCGGUCGUGAGCAUUGCUGCCAACUCCUUCUCGAAGCAGGAGCCGAAGUCUCGGAGGUGGACAACGAGGCAUGGUGCUUGUUCAAUGGUCAUCUGUACACGUCCCAGCUGGCUCGCAUUCGCGAUUCAACCUGCGCAUGUCGUGCAGGGCAAGACCGCCACCCAGUAUGCGAGACGGAACGGCUUUGCGGAACUCGCCACCAAGCUAGAAGCUGA